UCCGGGGCAGAGGUGUUGGAAGCCGGGUGGCGCCGGGGCCGCCCCAGCAGUGGGGUCCGGGCUGCGGCGUGCCCUCGGGGUGGGCGGCCCGGGGUCGUCUCCCGGCCGGUGUGCGGGGUGGCUCAGCCGGCGGCGGGGAGCAGGUGCUGCCUGAAGAAUGGAUGAUGAUGAUUUUGGUGGUUUUGAGGCUGCAGAGACUUUUGAUGGAGAAAAUGGUGAAACCCAAACAAUAUCUCCUGCUAUUCCUUGGGCUGCCUUUCCUCCAGGAACUUUUCCUAGGGAACCUUUUCAUGUCUUCGUGGAACUUAUUAUGUGACUUCCAUGUUGGAUUGGAACAAUGCCAUCUCCACUGUGAGCUGCCUUCCAGAGUUUGUGGUAGAUCUGCACUGACGUUGCCACUGAUGCCAAUGUGGAGUAAAGUAUCCGGAGUCCACCUUUCAGCAGCUUCUCCCGACCUCGUUCUGGGUCAUGAGCAUGCAUCUCCCCCCACCAGCUGCCUCUCUUCCGACACGCUCCUCUCUUCACCAGAAAACACACACUCAGACACCAGCAUCGAUAGCCAGCCUGUUCCUCAAGCACAGCAAUCAACACACACCCAUCUGGACAUCUCCCUUUUCCCAUUGGCUCUAACCCACGAGACAAAUAAUGGAACACUUGCUCUUGUGGAUGAGUCUGAUGAUCUUGGAACCAAUGUAUCAAACACAGAGCUUCAGGAAAAAAUUUCCAGCCUGGAGAUUAAACUCAAAGUGUCUGAAGAAGAAAAGCAGAGAAUUCAAAAGGAUGUGGAAUUGUUGAUGGAAAAGCAUAGCAUCUUAGAAAAAGACUUUCUAAAAGAAAAGGAACAAGAGGCCAUUUCUUUUCAAGAUAGAUACAAAGAACUUCAGGAAAAACAUAAACAAGAAUUGGAAGACAUGAGGAAAGCUGGUCAUGAAGCCCUUAGCAUUAUUGUGGAUGAAUAUAAGGGAUUACUGCAGUCUUCAGUGAAGCAACAGGUAGAAAGUAUUGAGAAACAGUACAUCUCUGCUAUUGAGAAGCAGGCACGCAGGUGUGAGGAGUUGCUAAAUGCUCAGCAUCAAAGGCUCCUUGAGAUGCUAGACACAGAGGAGGAACUGUUAAGAGAGAAAAUAAAGGAAGCUUUGAUUCAGCAAUCUCAAGAACAGAAGGAAAUAUUAGAAAAAUGUUUGGAAGAAGAAAGGCAAAAAAAUAAAGAAACAUUGGAAUCUGCCGCAAAGCUUGAGCAGGAUGCAGUGAAGGAUAUAGUUAUGAAAGCUGUAGAAGAAGAAAGAAAAAACUUGGAAAAAGUCCAUGCAGAAGAAAGAGAGUUAUGGAAGACAGAACAUGCAAGAGAUCAGGAGAAAGUGUCUCAGGCAAUUCAGACUGCGCUUCAAGAACAAAGGAAGAUAAGCCAGGAAACUGUUGAGGCAGCAAUAAGAGAAGAGCAGAAGCGAAGUGCAAAGGCUGUGGAGGAGGCAGUGCGGAGAACAAGGGAGGAGCUGAUAGAGUAUGUAAAGGAACAGAAGAGGCUUGAUCAAGUCAUUCGCCAAAGAAGCCUGUCCAGCUUGGAGCUAUUCCUGUCCUGCGCACAGAAACAGCUGAGUGCCCUGAUUGCCACUGAGCCCAGUGACAUUGAGUAGAGACAUGGUGUGUUCACCUCGCCUGGCACUGACCUCUCAAAUACAUGCUGUGAGUGUAAAGAUGCUCUUGUUCUUUCUUCACACCUCCCAGCAUUAGUUCCCAUCCAAGGAUACAUCAGAACAACAUUUACAGGAACUUAUCAAGGAAUCUAAUUUAUUUUCUCAAUGUUUUCUCUUCCCACCCUAUUAUUUUAUUAUUAGUAGUAACAGCAGCAGAGUAUAGUAUGACCCCAAAUCAAUGAAAAAGUGCCACAUUCUCAAAAGUCACACUAGCUUUACAGUCAUGUAAAGUUGUGUCAACUCAGAAGUCAUGUAAACUUUACAAUGCGGUAGAGUCAUGUAAACUUUGCAGGCUUCAGUACCCCAUUUGCUCUGUAUUUUGCAAAAGGAAUAAGGAUCUUGAUUGUUUCGGGAUGAUUUCUGAGAAAACGCUAAAUUGUAUUUACUUGAUUUUAAGGAUAGAAAUAGCAUGGAUUUCAGCACCUAUUUAUCUGUGCUACUGGCAUAUAAAAUGCUGAUAUAAUAGAUAAUAAUUCUGAUUACCCUAACCUCUUUUCUGCAAUUGUAUCUAUAUGUAUAUUUGUUGUUCUGCUAAAAACAUCAUGCAAAUAAAAUACUGAAGAUUGUAAUUUCAGCUAUGAUCUGACAUAUCAAUUAAACUCACCAAGUGGGUCUAUUUCCUGUGGGUUUGCUUUGCAAAGGCUCUAUUAAUCCAUGACCGGUUCUGUUUUAAGUUGAACUGAAAACUUAAUCUUUGAGAAUAGAACUCACACAUUUAUGGGAAUGCAGUUCAAAUACAGGAUAUAUGAAAUCUUUUCAGAAUGUUAAUUCAUGAGCAUUGUGCUUCAAUACAAAAUCAUGAGUAUUUUUAACAUCAAAAUGUCAAUGAAAUGUAUGUAUGCAGAUGUCAUCUUAUUUUCUGAAGUGCUUCUAAUUUCAAGGGCUUUGUACUUUUCUGGGAUUUCUCAGUGUAAUAAAAAGGAACUCCAAAAACUU